UGUAGGAAGGGACUCGUCUUCUUUUCUACUCACUCUCUUCAAGAUAUCAAGUCAUUAAACUUCAGCCCGAUAAGUCACAGUGGUUUUGGCAUCCCCAAGACUCACCAGGCAAGCAAGUCCUCCAUCACCGCAGGGAUAUCGACAGACUUGAGGUUGUGGACUCACAUGGGCAAGAUGGAUGGGCGAUAAGUAAGACAUCAACUUCAGAGGUAAGGUACACGUUGAUUUCGUAAUGACAAGCUGCUGUGCAGAAGAUGUCCACGCUGUCUGUGACUGAUAUCCCAGAUGUUGGUCAUGAUGAGAGUAAGGUGUUUGAUGGGGCCUCUGAGCUGCAGCUGGACUGCAUGGUUGAGGAGAGCAGUGGAAGCGCCACAGUGAAGCACGGCGGCCUCCUGUCGCUCGCUGACCUCUCCCAGCCGGACGACUUCCACGCCCCCCCCCACAAUGGCCCUUCACUGACCGAGAUGAGCAGCCCUCUGCCGGUAGAGCCGAACGACAUCAAGCUGGAUCCAGCUGCAGGUGACACAUCUGCCAGCAUAGAUGGUCAGCCGGUGAAGAGAAAGAAGGGGCCCGCCCCGAAGAUGCUGGGCAACGAGGUGUGCAGUGUAUGUGGCGACAAGGCCUCUGGUUUCCACUACAACGUGUUGAGCUGUGAGGGCUGCAAGGGCUUCUUCCGCCGCAGCGUCAUUAAAAGUGCCCAGUACUCCUGCAAGAACAACGGCCGCUGCGAGAUGGACAUGUACAUGCGGCGAAAGUGCCAGCAGUGCCGCCUGCGCAAGUGUCGGGAGGCGGGCAUGCUGGAGCAGUGCGUUCUCUCUGAGGAACAAAUCAGACUAAAGAAGAUGAAGAAGCAGCAGGAGGAGGAAACGGCCCGCACGUCCACAGUGGUCACCCCCACGCCUCCGCAGGAAGUGGCCACGCUGGACCCACAGCAGCAGGAGAUGAUUGAGAAGCUGGUGGCCAUGCAGAAACAAUGCAACAAGAGAUCGUUCCUCGACCGACCAAAAGUGACGCCGUGGCCACAGAGUCAGGACUUGCAGAACCGAGAGGUGCGUCAGCAGCGGUUCGCCCACUUCACUGAGCUAGCGAUCAUGUCGGUGCAGGAGAUUGUGGAUUUUGCGAAGCAGCUUCCUGGUUUCCUGGAGCUCACGAGGGAAGAUCAGAUCGCUCUACUGAAGACGUCGACCAUCGAGAUCAUGCUGCUGGAGACGUCCCGGCGCUACAACCCUGCUAUUGAUAGCAUCACAUUUCUGAAGGAUUUCAGCUACAAUAAGGAGGAUUUCGCCAAAGCAGGGCUUCAGUUUGAGUUCAUUAACCCCAUCUUUGAGUUUUCAAAAGGAAUGAAUGACCUGCAUCUGGACGAGGCCGAAUAUGCUCUGCUCAUUGCCAUCAACAUCUUCUCCGCAGAUCGGCCGAAUGUGCAGGAUCACGAUCUGGUGGAGAGGCUGCAGCAGCCCUAUGUGGACGCACUGCGCUCUUACAUCAUGAUAAAGAGACCAAAUGAUCACCUGAUGUUCCCCCGGAUGCUGAUGAAGCUGGUGAGCCUUCGUACACUAAGCAGCGUCCACUCGGAGCAGGUCUUCGCCCUCCGCCUCCAGGACAAGAAGCUCCCGCCGCUGCUCUCUGAAAUCUGGGACGUCAACGAGUGACUGCGAACCUGAUGUCUCGCCCCCUGUGGCUUUGUAAAGUCGGAGACGGACACGGCGUCCAGCAGGAACACUGACUCCUCUCUGCCCGUCUGGUCGGGGAUCGGUUAAAGCGUUGAGAUUUUAUUUUCUUGUGGGAGGAGAGUGUCGUUGCCCUUUGCUCUCAGACAGACUGCUAAAUGGUUUUCGUGUUCAUACGGAGAAACGUGAACACCUAGUUUUCUUUGAGCCUUUUGUUCUUCCUUUUUUGUGUAGAUGCUGACAUGAUUGUGGCGAUAUUAAAUACCAGCAUCAGGCUCUUUAGCCAGUUAUCUCUGAUUUAAUAUUUGUUGAAAGUUCUGUCAAUCUCUAGUGCGGUUCUUUUCUCUUUCUCUAACAAUUAUCAGAAGGUUCUGAGCAGGUCUGAGCUGUGGUCGUCUCACAGCUGAACAUUCAGUUGAAAUAGUGAUUUUUUUUAAUUUUAUUUUUGCCGUCGUGCAAUAGGUGGAAAUGGAUACAGAGUUGUGCAUGAGCAGAUCCACGUCUGCUACUCACUUUAUUGACGUUAGGGUGAAAUGAUAGGCCAUCGGGAUGGUAUUGUGAAUUGUUAAAUGGCAAGAAAUAAUUUGUGUUCCUUUUGAAAGUAAAUCGAAAUCGAAAGGUUGGUGUAGUCGCUCAGGUAAAGUAAUGUGAAGUAGACCUCUGGGAAAUUGGAGGCUUCUAUAAUUUCUAUUAAGUUAGUUUUCUUCCAAGUGCAUAAGGGACCCUUUUGGUCAUUUAUAGAUGCCCAUAAACUUUCAUGUAAAUUGUAUAUUUAUUUUCACUGGAAAAAAUGUAGAGAGCAUCCACGGGAUUGUACAAUCACAUACUAACGCACAAGAAAGUAAAACUCUGCGGGUGACUGGCAGACUGCCCUCAUUUACAGGAAAUGUGGUGAUGUGACUAAAUUCUUUUUUUCUCUUCUUUUCUACACAGAGCACUGGUACCUUGAAAUAGGUGGUCCGUAAAGUCUCUUUAAACUCUAUGUAAAGAUGAACUGUCGGUUAAAAAAGGAAGUCAAUCAAUCGACCAUCUGUGUGACCCUCUUUUCAGAUGAAUGAAAACCCAUACUCACAAAGUUGUGAUCAUAAAUCAAAACAGAAACGGAUACAAAACGGUUAUUUUCAUAUUUUGAUUUGUGAUUUUUAUCAUUGGCUUUUUUUUUUAAAGGUGUGAGAAAUGUGUAAGCAACAUAUAGUUUGAACAGAAUACAGAGAAUUUCGGCCUUUUAUUUUUGAUAAAACUGAACAUACAGUGGAAAAACAUCUUGAUCUAAACAUCUGCCAUAGUCUGAGUAUCGUCCUUGACUCGGCACAAACAGCUUUAACUGGUCAGAUGUUGGAAAGCCUAAAUGAACAGGGAGCAGAGAGCAACAGGAAAUGAGUAAAAACAUUUAACAUUUUAAACGUUAUAGCUACAGAGAUCUAGAUGUUUAUAUCCGUGCUGUGUUUUUCAUACAUUCUCCUCAACUUGAAAUGCUGCAUAAUGGUUGAUAAAGGAAUGUCAAUAUAAAUUCACAAUCGUGAAGUUUGUUUUCUCGCUUCGUGCUCGCGUCGGCGUUGAAAAGGGCUGAGAGCAAAACAAGGUCGUCGCAGCCCGUUUUUCAAAUGGCAGAAAAUUCCUCAGCUGUCUGUUUAGCCAUUUCCAGAUGUCACCAUUAGACUUGAAUGCUCUGUCCCAACUCUUCACCUGCCAGUUAAAAUCACAUUAUUGUUAAGUUUUUUUUUUGUUUGUUGUUUUUUUUUUUUUACCAUUUUCAGCUAAAGCUUCUUGUGGUUUUUGAUUAAUGAAAUUGCAUUUAACAGCUACAGGUGUUACAGCUAAAACGGGACAUUGAUUCUUCACAUGAGCACAGAAAUACAAAUACACAGGACUCUCAGCAACACCGGCACACAGGUGUCCUCACAGGUACAACUGGCCGAAUAUUGAUUUGAUCUGAAUUAGAUAAUCUUGUCCAAAAGCACUUAGUGAUGUAUCGAAUGUGUUUUAAUAACUGAUCAUUUGAAUUUCAAUCUUUUGUUUUGUUUGUUUUUUUUUUGUUUUUACUUCAUCCACCAGCACAUAUCUGUUUCAUAAUGUUUAUUUCCCAGAUCGUCAGGUAAUGUUUAUUUUAUUUUAGAUAGGUCUUUUUCUCUGAAGACAUUUUGACUUGUUGCAGCAGCUUUUCCUUCUGUGACAUGUUCAAGUUUCUUAUGUGGGAAAAAAACAUUCUCAACAGGGAAUGCUACACAAAUACAAAUACACAUGACUCGUAGUAACUAUUUGCCAUUCAAUCCAUCUGUGAGAUCUAAGUUUGACCAUAAUCAUCAUCAUCAUCAUCAUCAUCAGCGUGGUGACUCUGAUUUUAAAGAUGUGCCUCGAUCACCGUAACAUAAAAGACUGGAAACGACUGCAAACAUUUUUUAUUGUAUCAAUAACGCUGGUGUUUUCUUCGACCUGCAGAAUCAUCACAGAAACAAUAGUGAGAGUAAGUUUUUCUUCCUCUCCUCCUACAGUUGGAAAAGACAGAGUUUAGCCACAGUUUAGUCAGUUUACACCCCAAUUAUACAAAACGACAACAGGAAGAGUUUCAUUUCUAUCUUUAGCUGUACUGUGUUGCACUGCUAAUUUGAACGUUGCCUGAAUUAAAUCUCAAACUUGAUUAUCAUUAAAUGUAAUGAAACUUUCCUGAGACGCAUGUUUUUCAUUCAAAGACAGAAGCCAAAUGUGUCCUGGCAUUUUCUGACCACGUAUUGUAUCGAGCCCUUUUGCCUUCCCUCUCAGAUUUUUGAUUUACUCUUUAUUGAUACUAUAAAAAUGGGAAUAUGUUUUUUUUUGUUUGUUUUUUUUUGUUAUUGACUUGCUUACACCACUCUAACCCUUUGGUUUUCUUUUUUGACAGAUGGAUCAACAUUUUAAAAAAGCAGAUAAAUAGCGUGCGGCGUUGUGAAACCGUAUCUGUGAUUUGUUCCAGUUGGCUUUGUGUCUGUUUCAAUGACGCGAGGUUUGUUUUUGGUUUCUGAUUUUGCUGUUUGCGACGGGUUAAUCUCCAACCAAACACUUUAAAACAUCACAUUUAAAAAUAACCUCUGUAAUAUGGGGGCGAAUUUUCCACCGUGCCCCAAUGAACCCCGCGUCAACUGACAGAUUUGACGAAACUGAAUUGUUCUUCUUACUCUGAUCAAAUUAGCAAAAAGCAUCAGUUGUUGGCUCUCAGAUCUUUGUUUCGUAGUGUACAUGUUAUGUUAAUGCUGUACGUAUCACAGUUAAUUAUCCUGUAUAUACUGUAAUUGAUGCCUCUGAUCUCAUUUAAUUUCUGUCCUCAAAGGGUGACACUGUAAACAUUGAUAUAUAGAAAUGCAAACCUAUUUUAAUACUUGUAACUCCGGGAGACCUUCUGUUUUGUAUGUACAGUAUAAAUUAAAGCUAUGCUGUAGUGCUAAUAUGUUUGGAAUUGA